AUGACCCUACUGGCCUCGAACUACGAAAACGACCCCAUCGAUGUGCUGGUUGGAGACUGGAUGAGCGAGGGAAACAUGACGGGCAGAGCGAACGCCAAAGCCAACGGUACCAUCGACGCAUACGAACCCACUUUUCUCGAAGCGCUCGAGCCUGCGCUGCCUCAUAUUGCGAAGCACCGCAUCAAAGUCGCUGUAAAUGCGGGCGCGGCGGAUACGCAGAAGCUACAUGAUGUGGUUACGAAGAUGGUCAAGGCGAAGGGACUGGAUUUGAGUGUCGCGUGGAUCUCGGGCGAUGAAGUACUGCCGCAGUUGCUUGAAGCGCAGAAGCGUGGCGAUUCGCUGUUUGAGAAUAUCUGCACGGGGCAGAAGCUGGAGAAUUGGGAGUUUGAGCCCGUCUACGCACAGGCAUAUCUCGGGGGGUUGGGAAUCGCAAAGGCUUUCAAAACAGGCGCAGAUAUCGUCAUAUGCGGGCGGGUGAGCGAUGCCAGUCCCGUCAUCGGCGCAGCGUAUUGGUGGCAUUAUUGGAAGCGGUCGGAUCUGGAUAAAUUGGCAAAUGCAUUCGUCGCAGGCCAUUUGUCUGAGUGUUCGUCGUAUAGCACUGGUGGGAACUAUACGGGGUUCAAGGACCUUGAGUGUCUGGAUUGGACGAAGAUUGGGUACCCAAUUGUCGAGAUUGCAGAGUCGGGGGAAGUCAUUGUGACAAAGAACCAAGGGUCUGGUGGUGAAGUAUCGGUCAAUACACUCACGAGCCAAUUCCUGUACGAGAUUCAAGGACCCUGGUAUUUCAACUCGGAUGUCACAGCGAUCCUGGACGACGUCUGGUUCGAGCAUUUGGCGACGAAUCGUGUGGCACUUCGAGGUGUGAAAGGCGCUCUGCCUCCACCUACAACAAAAGUCGGAAUCACAGCAAAACCAAUAUAUCAAGCCGAGAUGACAUGGUUCAUCACAGGUCUUGAUACACAUGCCAAAGCUCGCAUGAUCGAGCAGCAAAUCCGACAUCAAAUGGGCUCCAACACCACCAACUUCUCAAAACUGGACUUCCAAAUCAUUGGGAGCUGUGCAGACAAUCCGACAAACCAAAACGCCGCAACAGUCUCCUUCCGCGUUGUCGCCCAAGCCCGGAAAGCCGAAUAUCUCGCCCCCGCGAAAUUUGUGCGCCCGUGUAUCGACCCCAUAAUGUGCGCUUACCCAGGCGCAACUCCACACCUCGAUCUGCGCCAGGCGUUUCCGAGAGAAGUAUUUGAGUACUAUGUCACUCUUCUCCCACAGUCAGCCAUAGACCACAAAGUCCAUUUACCGAAUAGUGAGACAGUCGAUAUCGCAGCACCGACUGAGACAAAAGUAUGGGACAAGCACCAACCAACACAAACCAACACGUCGAAUAUCAAAACAUUGGACAGUUUCGGCCCAACAAUUCCCUCCCCCCUCGGCACAAUCGUGCACGCGCGCUCCGGCGACAAAGGCAGCGACUGCAACAUUGGGCUGUGGGUGCGGCACGCUGACGAAUAUGCGUGGCUGCAGAACCUCCUGUCAACAUCAUUCAUGACGACCCUGCUAGCGGACGAGUACACGGGCGGCAGAGUGGAGAGAUGCGAGUUUGAGGGACUCAGGGCUGUGCACUUUUUGCUCAAGGAUCAUUUGGAUCGUGGGAGUAUGUUAGAGCGCGGUGGGUUGAUGUACCGGUGA